AUAAAUUUCUAAUGUGGUUGUCUAACAUAACCACAACAUGUUAUUAUAUGAAUUAUUAUUAAGUGUUAGGUCUAGUAUAUAUUUUAAUUUAAAAUAUUAUUAUAAGAACUGCUAACAAGCACUACUCAUUUCAUUGAUUGCCCAAAAUUUUCCAAAACGGAGCUCUAUAUAUGAAUAUAUAUAUAGAAACCUCAUAUACCUUCCUCACCACACUCCAAAUUAACCAAUCUCUCUCCCAACACAUAUAUACUCCAUAUAUAUUGUAUUCUAAAGCAAUUUUAUUUUUCAUUUUUGUUCUCUGAUUUUUCUCUUUAAUUAUACUUAUUAUAAGUAUAUAUAUAUAUAAUGGGUCCAAAAAAGGAAGGAUCAUCAAAAAAAGUAAUGAACAGAGGAGCAUGGACAGCUGAGGAAGAUAAAAUACUUUCACAAUAUAUCAAACUUCAUGGUCCAAGGAGGUGGAAGACUCUUUCUAUCCAAUCAGGUUUAAAUAGAUGUGGAAAGAGUUGCAGAUUGAGGUGGUUGAAUUACCUAAGACCCAACAUUAAGAGAGGCAACAUAAGUGAGGCUGAAGAGGAUUUGAUACUUAGGCUCCAUAAACUCUUAGGAAACAGGUGGGCUUUGAUAGCUGGAAGACUCCCUGGGCGAACAGAUAAUGAAAUAAAGAAUUAUUGGAACUCUCACUUAAGCAAGAAAAUAAAUCAAUCACAGCAUCAACCUUCACUAUCACAACAACAACAAUUACUACCGCCACCGCCGCCACAGCCACCACAAGAGAAUGUUCCACCACCGCCACCGCCGAAAAGCCAAGAAGAAGAAAGCAAAGGAAACUACUUUGAAUUUAACUUUGACACAAUUGAGUUCAUUGACUUCUCAGCAGAAGGUAAUUUCUGUGAGAUAGAGUGGGUGAAUACGUUUCUUGAGCUUGAUGAUGAGCUUCACCAGUUACCAUGCUAAUAAUGCUCAUAAUUAAUGGGUGACAUUUUUAUUUUAUUUUUAGUGGAUUUUAUUGUUCUCAUUA